AAUCAUACCUUUUCAAACAUUAUCAUACAUUUUUGUAUCUGGUAACUCUGUUUUUACUACAGUCUAAAACACGAGUACACUUUUUCCUUUGGAUUUCAGCAGCAGCACUGUUUGUAAACUGUCAAAACUUCUGCGCCAAUUAUGUUAAAAACUUUUGAAAAAAUUUCAGUUGUAAUUGCGUCGCCGCUGGAGUUGAAGUAGUAUAUUUUCCAAUUGGAGUUUAGUGCGAGUGAAGUGCGCAAGGUGUGGUUGACAAGUCGAAUAUAAUUGCCAAAAAUAUAUAAAAAGACAUUUACGUAACUUUAAUUAUACUUCUUUCUACUUACCAAAAAUGACUUCGACUGAACUAAAAAUUGGCCUUACCGGUAGUGCCCGUCCAUCUAGUCGCGUUCUUAAACCUCCAGGUGGUGGUCAUUCAAAUAUUUUUGCUGAGCCUGAAGUAGCAGUGAAUGCACCACGUCCAAAAUACAACCAACAAAACUCUUCCAAUUUAAAUGCUUGUAUGGGUUCUACUGAUCCCAAUCAAAAAGUCGAGCAACUACGACACGAGAUCGAGCAAUCUAAACAAGAACAACCUAAAGCUUCAGCAGAGACUAAAAAAGAUCAGCCAAAAGACACUAACAAUGCAGCUAAUGGCAAUGGUGCUGGUGCAAAUGAUCAAAAUGCACGUGGACGUAUACCACCAGGUGGCUUCUCAUCUGGCGGUUUCUGGUAAAUGGCCAAUACAUUAACCAGAGCUAAUGCAGCAUUUAUUUAUAUAACGACUUAUAUUAAGCUACCUAUAUUUUAUUUAUCACUAAAGCCUCUUGUCAAAUAAUGUCAUUAAUUCUGUUUCAUAUAUUUUUACGUUUAUAUAAGAUUCAAUUUUAAAUUUGUUCUAAGAAUGUUUAUAUUUUAUUUCAAUAUGUCACAACAUUUUUCUUAAGAAUUGUUGCUUUAACUUAACCAAUAAAAAUUGUAUACAUUCUUAAAUCUAGACUCGAUUAUAAAUUACUGAUGUAUAGCUAAAGUAACAUUUAAGUUAUUUUGUGGUGUUAAUAAGUUGUUCUCAUUUGAUAAA